AGAACAUUGAACACUGGAAUAUAAAAAAUUUCAAUAUGAAUAAACUAUUCGUGCUGGCCCUAUGUCUGGGUGUGGUCUGUGGAGAUUUUGAAAACAGAUAUAAACGUGGUGAUGAUUUCCAUGCUCGCCACUAUAAUACCCAUCAACAGGCUCUUGAGGCGGCACGUCGCAGUUCCUAUGGAUCCAGCGGUUUUGGUUCCAGUGGCUCCAGCAGUUAUGGCACAGUCGGUGGCGGCGCCAAUGCUGAAUUGGGUCUAGGUGGUGGCAGCAGUUAUGGUGGCUCAUCUUUGGGUAAUCUGGAGAGUUCUUACGAUUCGGUUGGUGCCACAGAAACUCAAGAUUCACUGAGCGGAGGUGCUGCAUCUUCAUUCGAUGCCAAUAAUGCUGCCGCUUUUGGAUCGAACAAUGCUGCCUCGUUCGGAGCUAACAAUGCUGCCUCGUUCGGAGCCCAAAAUGCUGCCUCAUUUGGCUCGCAGUCCGCCUUCUCUACCAACUCUGCCUUCCAGAGCAGUCUGUCAUCCAAUUUCGGUGCUUCUUCCGCCCACAAUGCUGGCAGCAAUGUGGAGUUUGCUGACAACUCAAAUGCUGGCACAGAAGUCAACUUUGGAGGAUCGAAUGCCGUUAAUUCCGAAGCACUGUUGUCGGGCAAUGUUCAGGCUCCUUUGGCCUUGACAUCCCCCGCAUCACAGAGUGGAAAUGUCGAGUACUACCGUCACGAGAAGGUUGUCUCUGCUCCUCAGCAGCAGGUGGUUUACAGCGUACCCGGUGGCUCCCAGAAAUAUGUCCAGCAUGUGGAACGUGUGGUUGAACAGCAGCCCACAGUGCAAUACGUUCAAGUUCCAGCUCCUACCACUUCAGAGCACUAUUAUCAGCGUAAAGUGACCACCACUGCAUCGGCACCUCAGAUCCAGAUUCAGCAACCCUCUUCCCGUUAUGCCUAUGGGGGCCAGUCUGCCUCUAAUUUCGGCACCAACUCUGCCUUUAAAGUCAAUCAGCAAUUCGGCAGUCAAUUCGGUAGUCAAUUUGGCUCUCAAUUCGGCAGCCAGUUGGGUCAGUCCUCGGGCUUGAACUUGCAGACCAAUUCUCAGUUGAACCAUUUGAUCAAUCAGGCCCAUCAGACAGCUAAGCAACAAGCUGCCGGUAGCAGUGCUAACCAAGUGCAAUUCGGAGGUGCUUCUGGAUUCAACAGCGGUCUGGGACAGCAGCAACAGCAACAGGUGCAAUUCGGAGGCGCUUCCGGAUUCAACAGCGGUUUCGGUUUCAACUCUGCCAGCUCUCUGAACUCUGCCAGCUCUCUAAACUCUGCCAGCUCUCUGAACUCUGCUAGUUCCCUGAAUGCUGGCCAAAGUGGUUCUCUAUUGAGUGGUUCUUUGUUGGGCGGCGGUAGCCAGGGUUCCCUCUUGAGCGGCUCUCUUCUUAGCAAUUCUGGUCUUGGUCUCAACGCAGGUCUGACCAGUGGCCAACAAGUGGCUGGAUCUGGUAACUUUGGUGCUGCAGGCGGCGCUGGCAGUAACUACCAGACCAAACAGUGGGAGAAGCAAUCCAAAUGGUCUUCCCAGUCAGAGUUUGAUUCCAAUGGUCAACAGAAAUACUACAAGGAUUUGGCCACUGGUGAGAGCGAGAACUACAAUGUGAAUGGCAAGGAGUACGGCUACAAGGUGGCCACCGCUUCCGUUGAUGACAAUGGCAGAGCCAGCACUCACAGUGUCCACUCUUAAGAAUUGACCCAGGACCUAGGAAAACAAAUUUGUUAUAACAAGGAAAGCCUAUUGUGUUCUUAAAUAGGUGUUAAAACCAUUUAAUAUUAAUAAAAACAAAAAACAAAUUUAA